CAGCCUCUCCUCUCCUCACACUCCAACUUGCUCAUCUCUCAGCUGGACAGUAAGGGCCAUUUACACCAUACACUGACAACAUGCUGGGGACACUCUGCACUCUCAUCACUGUGCUCUCAUGUGUCAGCGGCCAGAAGGUUUUGACACAGAAACCCUCAGUGCUGAGUGUGAAUAAACACCAGAACACCAGUAUGGACUGUAAUAUUGCCCGAGAUGAAAAGUAUUAUGUUUCAUGGUACAAGCAGGUUCCAGGCAGUGCUCCUCAGUAUGUGCUGCGUUUCUACCACUCUCACAGCUCUCCUAAUAACUAUGGAGCUGGGUUCUCCUCCAGCCGCUUUACCUCCACAGCCCAGAGUAAAACAGAUUAUCAGUUAAUAAUUACUAAUGUGGAGGCAGGAGACUCAGCAGUGUAUUACUGUAACACAUGGGAUAACUCUACUAAAGAGGAGGUUGUGGUAUUUGGCCAAGGCACCAAGCUGAUUGUCACUGAUUCUUCUCUUGCUGCGCCUACCCUCUCUCUCCUGCCUCCAUCCAGCGAGGAGCUGAAGAGAAAUAAAGCCACGCUGGUGUGCCUGGCGCAGAUGUCUGUUGGGUUCGCUGAUGUCAGCUGGACAUCGGACGGGAAACCAGUUACCGGCGGGGUUUUUACCGGCACCGCCGAACAGAAACCCGACAAAACCUUCGGUUUGAGCAGCUUCUUAACCAUCACGCCCUCCGAAUGGAUUACCGACCGCGUCUUUACCUGUAAAGUAUCUUCCGCGUCUAAAACCUCAGAGAAAAGUAUCAAAAAGUCUGACUGCAGCGAGUAAACUUCGUGCUUUCCCGUAUCAAACGUUUGAUCUCGCGUUGUAUCUGCAGUAAUCUCGCUAUAGACUAUAGGCUUAAUAAAUGUAAGUGAAUUGUUUUUAAAAUAACAUUAGUACACUUUCGAGAUUAAAUGUUGGUUAUUCCAUGCGUUUAUUUGUGGAUUGAGUUUUUCCCCCUGUAUGCUUGCAUUGUGCCGCGAUUAAGUAGAAAUCAUUGCAUUAAAAUAUUGCAUUAAAAUGCU